AUGGCGACGGAGGAAAUCACGGGAAAUAUUGAAAUGGCGGCUGUAAUAACUCCAUCGUCUCACGUACAACUCGCUAAAGAAUGGCUGUACAAACGCAAAACACAGAUGAAGCCAUGGGCAGAGUUUUUUAAAAGUUCCCGAUUCAGCAAGCCAAAAACUGUAGCCGAAGCUGGCAAGAGAGUGAUGAAGAACUUGGAAGACUACCAGAGCAACUACAUUCUGAUAACGAUACUCCUGUUCUUUUACUGCGUGUAAGUUGAUAUUUCGAUCGACUAUUAUUUGUAGUUUUUAAGAAAAGAAGAUCUCGUUUUCACGUCCUGAAACCGUCUAAAUUCUAGGAGUCUUUUAUUUUACAACAAGCAGAGAGUAAGUUCCCCGCUAUGGCAUAUUACAGAUUUUAGGCAAUUUUCCAUUGUGUAAACGGCGGUAGAUCGAAAAUUCGGGAAAAAAUCUUAUAUGUAUGCCUUGGGUAUGAUUUGUCGUAUGUAAGGUACUAAAUAUUAUUUUAUUUAACGACGAGCAGUAAGUUCAUCCGAUUGCAAUUGCAUGUCUGCUAAGUGUAUGUGAAAGCUAAGCUUAUAAAUUGUAUUAUGAAUAACGUUUCAUGAAUAUUUUUUCGGUGAUUUAGUAACAUUAUUAAGGUUAUCCUUCGGAUAUUGACCUUUGAAUUUUUUUAGCCAGGAAAAACUUCUUUUGUCGUAGAAAGAUCCCGAUCUUCUUUACCUUUAAUAUCUCAAGUUAAUUCCUAAAAAAAUUGCACAGCACAUUCUUUCAAGGAACGUAAUUUACCAUGCCUACUAGAAGUUUGUCAUUCACGUUUCAGUAGCCCUUACCCAGUUGUUCAAAAGAUGGAUAGUGCUAUCCACUGGAUAAAUCUCCAUUCAGGGGAUAAUGCAGUUGGUUUCCCGAACACUUAUUUGCUGGAUGGUGAUUUAUCAGAUGUUUAGUGCUAUCCAACAUUUGGAGUAACUGCACAAUACCCGAUCACUUGAAAGCUAUACCCCUAUAACAGUGGGUACGUGACUAUGCGGCUACACAGCUAUGCAGCUAACCCUAACCCUAAUCUUAACCCUACGGGGCUAUGCAGCUAUGUGGCUACCUGGCUACGCAGCUAUGUGGCUACAGAGCUACGUAGCUAGAGGUCUGCGUGGCUAAAGAAUAAAGAUUUAUAUGGCUACAUAGGAGACUACGUAGCUGUGUAGCCUCCCCAGAGGGGGUACUCGGGAUUUCAAGUGACGGGGAUGAUCGAAUGGAGCCAAAAUUCAAGACCCAAAAAAAUCCCUAGGGCUUCAAGCAAAACCCAAAAAAAUCCCUGGACCAAAAAUUAACCCCCAAAAAAUCCCAUGCCGAUUUUGUGGCCCUUAAAAGUUCCAGAAAGGAGUAAUGCUGUAACACAAAGAAAAACAUUGGAAAUUGAACACUCGUGUUUGUUUAUUCAUCAUACCAUCUGAAUAUAUCCUUUCCCUCAUCUGGCAGUCAUUUUAAAAAGCUAGAGCGGGUGCUAGAGACACCCAAGAACGGUUUUUUUUCAACAGUAAUGUUAUGAAUAACUCUAAACAAGACCAACCUGGGUAAGAACAUAACGAAUAACUUUACUACUCAAAUCAAGCUACCCCAAAAAAUACUUGCCAAAUUUUCGUACCCAAAAAAAUCCCGGAAUCGAAACUUUCAAACCCAAAAAAAUCCUUCGAUCAUCCCCGUCACUUGAAAUCCCGAGUACCCCCCACUGGGAUAGCCUCAUAGCCAAUGUUAUAAGGGUAUAGCUUCGAAGUGGCCAGGUAUUCUGCAGUUAAGCUCAACAUUUAAACAGUCAAGUAGGGCCUGGUUUCUGUUUGUCAUAUAAAUCCCACUAAGUGCUGGGGGCCAGGGAUUUCUCCCUGCCACUGUGGGUAUAACCACCGGCUACUUUCAUAGGGAACAAAAGAAAAAUAAAACCAAAAGGACCUUCUAGUUGUUCAAUUACCUGCCAGCUAAUUUCAUAUACCCAGCAACUUGAAAUCUUAGUGACAGCCUUGUUGCCCUGCUCCACUAUGUGUGACUGUGUGUCAAUGCCUUUAACAGUGACAGUCCAUAAUAAUAGGGAUUUAUCUGGAAGGAGGUACUCCCUUAUAUAAGCCCUAAAGGUGUGUGCCCCAGGGGUAGGGGUUUUGCACUGUUUUGGUCUAAAAACAGGUUACUAUAGCCUUUGCUCAUUUUGGUCUGGAAUCAGGUGUGGUUUCCAAGGGAACUAUGGGAUCGGAGUGUAUGAGCAAAUUUAUUGUCUCAAUUUCAAAUAAGUAAGAAAAGAAGAGACCCAUGAAUGUUGAAAUGGAUUUUAAGAAAUGUUUUUUGUUGCUGUUCACUUCUAAUCUAAAUAAUGAUGACAUAAUUUCUAAGAGUCCAGGUCUGAGAAAUGGGUGUGAAAAAUGACACUUUUUUGUCUGAAAUAAGGUCAGGAUGUGGAUAAUCGGGCAGCACACCCUCACAAGAAGGGGGGAAGGGGGUGGUAUUUUUUGCACUCACCCAUCUAUAAUCAUAACCUACCAUAUUGAGGUUAAAACAAAAGUUAGGGAGAUAUUUAUAAUUUCUCUAGGUGGUUUGAACAGGUAUGAAAGCCAGUCACACAGUAGAAAUCAUUUUAUCCUGUCACAGGGCAUCUAAUCAAACUUAGAUAAUAUUAACUACGCUUAUUGUAUAGUGAAACAGAAAGUUAGCUCUGUAAGAUUUGUUUGGAAUUUUCCAUCAUACACCUUAAGAAACAUAAGAUCAUUUUCCCACCUUUUGUUCCAGAAAAAUUAAUAUCCAUACUCCCCCUAAAGAAAGUUUUUCCCUUCAAAUCUACCCCUCUCCUCUGUAAAAAAUAGAUCAGUAAGACUCCCUUCCCCAUGAAAAUUACAAUGAUUGUCUGUAAGGUGAUGUGGAACCCUUAUUUGUUGGAACCGCACAAUAAUGUGUUGUAAUCAUUCUUUUUAUUGCAGGCUCACAUCUCCACUGCUGCUCAUUGCUUUAUCAGUCGCAGGGGGUGGCUGUUUAUUUAUAUCAUAUAAAAACCAAGGAAAAAAGAUCCAAGUUCUAGGUGGGAAGCUAAUAGUAAUUUAUGAUGUUAUCUAUUACACGCUUAGCAACUCUCCUGAAUUACCUUUACAAUUUUCUAGAUAAUUAUAGUAACCUUUCUGCUCUUCUGUAUGGAACGGCGACUCUCACAGACUAGAAAGCAUCUCUGUUUGAACUUUUCUGUUAACUUUAGGCUGAAAAAUUAACUCUAACUUCUCUGAAAUUCCUAAAAUUUCGUUAAAGUUCAGGUGUAAAAUUUGGAGGGUGGGAUGGCUGGAUCGGUUGUGUUUGAGAGCUGGUGUGGGGAUACCUUGAGGUCAGGGUGAUGGGAGGUAGUAACACAUGUUUUGAAAUAUAAUAAUUUAAUGAAAGUUUUGUAGUUGGUGUAAUUUAUUUUGUGGCCCUAUAGGUCGUGAAUUGAGUCGAGUGGAGCAGUAUGGUCUUGUAAUUUUGAUCAGCCUUCCUCUCUUUAUUUUGGCCUCUGCGGGAUCAACAGUGUUUUGGAUUAUAGGUGAGUAAGAAUGUUGUAAGUUUUCAUAUUUCUCUGUUUAGUAAAAUUUUUUGUCUAAAUGAAAGGCAGUUAUAGUAUGUGGUAAUAGGCUCCAAGUUCCCGCGGGUCACUAUAUUAAAACAAGGUUAAGUGCUUAGCAUUAUUUUGAUAUGGAAAUUAUUUUUCAACCUCAUGCAGAUAAAACUCUUUGCAAGAAAGAUUGUACACUUGGCUUCAUUUUGAAAGUGAGGGUUUUUGAAACUUGGAAGUGACGAAUUCUUAACUUCUUUAAAGUUUGAGCCAUCACUUGACCUACCCCAAGGGCAUGGCUCAAGGACUGCAGAAGCGUUUUUAUUCGUUCUUGCCAUUCUCAGACUCAAAAGUUAGAAUCGCCCUGUACAAUGUAGUAAACAAUACCACAGGAAAGUACUACUCAGUAGCUUUUAUUUGAAUGGCCACACAUUGAAUUUAAUUUACGGUUAUAACUGUGUUUUAUAAAUUUUAUGCCCUCUAAUAGUAAAGGUUGACAGGUCAUUUAUUUUUUUUAUCAGGUGCGUCAUUCUUUAUUAUUGGCCUCCACGCAUCACUCUUAAGCACCUCCGACACUCCUGAAAUCACAGAAGAACUGACCAUGGAAGAAGUUUAGAUUUGUCUUAGUUUCAAGUUGGUUAACAUGUAACGCUGACAACACCACUGGUUUUGAAUCGUAAUGGACAGACAGUUGGAUACGAAUGUUUUGGUUCAAAUUUUAUAUCCCCUCGAAUCUGGGUCUUGUGAACAUAUGUAAGAUUAUAGUGAUAGACAAAGUACAAAGGAGAAUAAUACCAAAAAAACAACUGCGACAAAAAGUCAGCCACAUAGUCGUAGAUUUUUCAAAUAGGGAUGGUGAAACUUCUGUAAUAUAUACUGCAAUUAUUUAAGUAAUAAGUCUCUUCACUGUUGUACUGCUUUAACAGACAGUUUCAGUUAUUUUUGUAUGACUGUUAACUCUGUAAAACCUUGAUCUAAAUCUUUAAUAUUGUACCUCCCUAAUAGUGCAAAACAAUGCACAUAAAAACCGCUCAUUAAGGUUAUUUAGGUCAAGGUUUUACACAAUUUACUACAGUCAUACAAAAAUACUCUGUAUCUGUUUGUAUGCACAGUAAUGCGCUAAACUUAGUGCAAUUAGAAUGAUGUAAUGAGGGGGUAUGAUAUGAAAUAAAGUUAUGAUGACACCUCUGGACAUACUUGCUAAGAAUCAUCCUGACAAACAUAAAUCCAGAUUAUAAUGCCUAAAUAGCGACGGGACACCCAAGAAACCACAGGAAGCCCAAAGAUUAGUGUGUUGCUUUCC